UUCCUCGUGGUUUGGUCUUUAAAUUGAGGAAGCGAAUGAGGGCGAGAGAUGGAAAAGCAAAUGGAGAAGACGAACAAAGACGUUCCUCUUAGAGAACUUAGCGAGAGGGUAGCGGAAUUCGCUCGAGUUAGAGGUUGGGAUAAGUAUCACAGUCUGAGAAACCUCCUCCUGGCAUUAGUGGGAGAAGUGGGGGAGGUGUCGGAGAUAUUCCAAUGGAAGGGAGAGGUGGCGAGGGGGCUUCCCAACUGGUCCGCCGCCGACAAGGAGCAGUUGGGGGAGGAGCUCUCGGACGUGCUACUCUACUUGGUUCGUCUUGCGGAUGUGUGUAGGGUUGAUCUUGGCCGAGCUGCCCUUUCCAAGAUCCUUAAGAAUGCCACUAAGUACCCUCUCACUCCUCACCAACAACAAUGACUAUCUUGAAUAUGAU